AUGGUCAAGCUCACCGAAGUCGAAGAUGAACAUUUCAAGGAAAAACCUACAUCAACCAAGUCUGAUGCCUUGUUAUUGAGUGACGACGAGGAUGAGGAUUACACCGAUACUGGUAUGUUCUUAUCUCCUUUCAUCCCUUUAUUAAUCGUCAUGAUCUCUAUGGUGCCGACAUUUAAUGCAUUGCGAGGAUACACCGCAACGCUCAAUUUGCCUUCGGGGAAAAUACAUCCGCUGAAUAUAAAACAACAUUUACUAAUUUUGGACUAUUUCACACUAGAAUCUGAGAUCUCUACAGAUUCAUUUGAUGACAAUCUCGACAACGAAACGCUAUAUGAAAGAAUUUGCGCUUUACAAGACAUUAUCCCAGCCCAGUCCAGAUACAAGAUCAGCAAUGCUUUCUCUUCCUUCUCUUCCUUUGCAAAAUCAACAAUUUCCUUCGGCGGAUCCGCUUUGUGGAUUGUGAGCACGAGUGCAUUCUUGCUCGGUGUUCCAUGGGCUCUUGCAUUAGCUGAAGAGCAACAAUACGUUCAGAUGGAAAGGGAGCAAGGAAUGAUCAAAGGAGCCAAUGAGAUGUUGACUCCUGGUGCUACAAGCGCUCUUACUGCCCCUGAUUCGAUCGCUGUGGAGGGAAAACCUGCCUUAUAA